CAUAGUGCCCUUUCUCGAAGCUGAAAGCUAGCUCUCUGUGUUUACGUCCAGAAAACGACCGAGGAGAUGGCAUUAAUCAAACUGAUACUGAGAAGAUAAUAUAUGUGAAUUCGAUAUAACAGUACAUUUCGAUUACCUCGACGAAUUCAACGAUAAACUGUGUUUAGCGUAGUUUGUUUUCUCGUGAUAUUUCUAGGUUGUCAGGCUGAAAAAAAAAUCGCAAUUGCUAAGUUUAGCAGGCUAACGUUAGUUAGCUAACUUGCUAGUGGCGAAAUGGCGGCGAAUACAACGCAGUCCGCACCUCCAGCUAACUGGCCAUUUGCGGGUGCCCCAGGCACAGAUCCCCCUGUACAUGAGAAUCCAGAGUGGGAGAAGGCCAGACAGGCCCUUGCCUCCAUCAGCAAGAGUCAGAACACAACUAAAACCUCCCAGGCUAACCCCACCAACACACAGACCGGGCAGUAUAUGAUGGGAGCUGAUUCGGCUGGACUUCGACCACAACAACAACAACAACAGCAGCAGCAGCAGCAACAACAGUAUUUCCAGUGGUACCAACAACAACAACAACAACAACAACAGCAACAACAGAACCAGCAGUAUGGGUAUGGUUCAUAUCCAUACAACUACUACUACCAUCCCGUUCCUCCGGUAAGUCCGUAUGCUGCAGCCGGUUACCCUCAGGGUCAAUAUGGCGUUCCUGGGGCGUACCAGCCACCCAGCACCCCAACAGGACAGCCUCCUGCUAUGUCUAUGAUGGAAGACCAGUCCUCAAGUUACCCCUCCCAGCCUCCUCCCACCUCUGCCCCUCAGCCACCUCCUCAAAGCCCCACCGCUUCGGAGCAGCCCCCUCCCCCUCCACCCCCUCCCGUUCCCCCUCCUCCCAACUCCCAGUACCCUCCACCCCCCUCCCAGACCCCUUACAGUCCCAAUGGAGCCAUGCCGCCCUACCAAGGGAACUACAACCACAACCAGCCUCGCUAUGGCCAGGGCUACCAGGGUCAGGGCUACCAGGCCUCCCAAGCCAACACACAGCAGCAGGGUCCCCAGUCAGGGCCAUAUGGUGGCGCAGGACGGGGCGAAGGAGCCAAGAAGCCCAACAAUGUUAACAAUGCCAACAAAGGAGGACAGCCAAUGUGGCAGCGAAUGAAACAGGCUCCUGGAGCGGUCGGAAUGAAGUUCAACAUUCCAAAACGCCCAUAUGUAAUGACCAAUCAGAACUUUCCAAUAGGCGAGCAGGCCUCGGCAGUGGCUGCCGCCACUGCAACCACGGUGGCAUCAGUCUCUACUGCGGUCACGGCCACAACAGCCGGAGGUGUCCAGAAAGGGCCUCAGGACUGGCCCCAGGCCAUGAAGGAGUACGUGCAGCGCUGCUUCACUGCCUGCGAGUCCGAGGACGACAAGGACCGCACCGAGAAAGUGCUGAAGGAAGUGCUGCAGGGCCGCCUGCAGGACGGCUCGGCCUACACCAUCGACUGGACCAGAGAGCCGUUGCCCGAGUUGAAGGCCAAGCAGUCCCGCUGGGAGGCGGUGGCCCCUCAGCGAAACCAGGACAUGUCCUUGGGCAGAGGUGGAGCCACGCGAGGCCGUGGUGGCGGUGGCCGCCUGGGACACUACAGGAACGUGUUCACCCAGCGAAGCCCCUCGUCCAGCUCCUCACGCUCCUCCUCCCGAUCGCCCUCCCCCUCACACAGCCGCCAUCGCGACCGGGACCGUCGCCGACGCAGUGACUCCGACUCCCAGUCCGACAGCAGCUUCUCCAGCGACCGGCCACAGAUCUCCCGCCGGAACCAGAAAGGCGGACGAGGUCGCGGUAAUGAUCGGGAUCGGGGCCGCGGUGGCGGAAGAGGAAGAGGAGGGAGAGCCAACAGAGGAAGGAGGAACGCUGAGGACUCCGGCAUGGGAAUGGGUAAGAAGCGGAAAGGCGGCUCUGCUGGUCUGGAUUUCCACGACCCCAUGCGGGAGGCCAAGAAGCAGAGCCGUGCAGCGCGCUUCCACACCAAGCUGCGCACAGAGCCGCUGGUGCUGAACAUCAACUCAAUUGACCUGCCCAACGCCACCCAGGAGGGCCUCAGCUGGGAGGACUGCCCUAUCGUGGGAACCUGCCAGGACAUCACCAAAAACUACCUGCGCCUCACCUGUGCCCCAGACCCCUCCACCGUCAGACCGGUGUCGGUUCUGAGGAAGUCUCUGACUGCAGUGAAAGCCCACUGGAAGAAUAAACAGGAUUAUCAAUACGCCUGCGAACAGAUGAAGUCUAUCCGGCAGGACCUCACAGUCCAGGGUGUGAGGACGGACUUCACUGUAGAGGUCUACGAAACCCACGCUCGCAUCGCCCUUGAGAAGGGCGACCACGAGGAGUUCAACCAGUGCCAGACGCAGCUGAAGGCCCUCUACAAGGACUACCCCUCAGAGAAUGUGGGAGAGUUCACAGCUUACCGCCUCAUCUACUACAUCUUUACCAAAAACUCUGGAGACAUGACGACUGAGCUGACGUACCUGACCCCUGCUCUACGAGAAGACAUGUAUGUGUCUCAUGCUCUGGCGCUUCGUGCUGCCUGGGCCCUCGGAAACUACCACCGCUUCUUCCUGCUCUACCGGAAAGCCCCGCGCAUGGGCCCUUACCUCAUCGACAAGUUUUUAGAGAGAGAGAGGAAGCUGGCACUCCAGGCCAUACUCAAAACAUUCAGACCGUCAGCACCGGUGGAGUAUGUGCAGUCUAGCCUGGCCUUUGAUUCUUUAGACACAUGCCAGGCCUUUCUGACAAGUCUCGGGGUGUCCUACCUGCCUUCUGACCCCACUAAGAUAGACUGCAAAGCCAGUUCAGCCUGUCUGGCUGCUUCCUGAUCUGAGGGGAUCUUGGGGAGUGGGAUCCUGGGUAGGAGGGAGGGAAUGUGAGCGCUUUCCCAAGGAAAGAUGGCAAAGCCUAGAUAAGGGACCUAGUUCAGCACUGCCUAAGCCAGUAAGGGAUGUAGUCUCUCUCACACACAUACACUCUGAGAAAUGGUUAGGCAGACUUCUCACUGUCGCUGAUAGACUAGCUCUCACCAGCCAACACCUCAGAUACAUGCUCAUCAGACACCUUCAUUAUUGCAGUCACAGCAGUGAUUUGACACACCCAUAGCGACCCAUUCAGACUCCGACUGAAUUGCAUAGCAUAGGCCCAUGCGUUCAAGCACACUCAAGUUCUCCCCAACCUGCACGUGAGGUUAGCCUAGCACACAGGCAGCCAGAGGCAGGACAGUCUCAGGGUCUCCCAGGUGGCAGCCCUCCCUAGCAACACUAUUGCUACGCUAACAGUGUUCUGUUCUCAUGUCUUUUUCUUCCCCUUCAAGCCAGCAGCCUCAAAGCUCAAGAGAAGACAAAAGCCCUACACAGCCUAAAGAAAGCAAGCAAGCAAGCCCAAGAGAAGAGUUUCUGGUGAAAGGUCAUAUCCUGUUUCCUGUUGGCGAUGUGAUCCAACGUGCGCAGCCCAGCCCACAGAGACUCUUGUCCCACAGUGUUUCGCAGGGAUGCCGGCCGCAGCAAUUCCGUAGCCAGUGUGAAGAAGAAGAUGGUGGUUUGUAUGCCCUAACCUGCCCCCCACACCCCCUCUCAGAGAUGUCUACAGUGUACCCAGCGCCAUCUUAUGGUGGGGUGUGGGGUGGUGUCGUCUCUUCUCACCCCUCCCUCCACUGUGCCCCCCCUCCCCCAUGUCCUCUGCCUUGUGCUCUGUGAAGCUGUUUGUUGACUGAGAAAGCUAAGAGGCUUGGAGCUAGCCUUGAGUGCUAGUGGGCCAUACCAUACCUGGUGCAAGAGCCUCUACCCCACCCAGUCGUUCCACAUGGAAUAAGGCCCCUUUCUAACCAGGUGUCACAGCUUGAGAAAAUUGGGUAUCCAUCACUUGCUUGUCCACCUCUCACUCCUCUAUUUAAAGUGAGCUAGGUUAGCCAAGUCCCACAGCUGGUGCUAAGCAUUGACUCUUGAUUGUAGCUGUGGAUGAAGUGUUAACGGAGAUGUGUUUCCCACAUACACAUGCUCACACACAUGCAGCCAGCCACCUACUUACAUCUAGACCCCCAGCUGACGCCACAGUCAAUUAGGAGCGCCCACCCUCGCCCUGCUGCAAGUCAUCGCAGGCCACAGUCCUAGCAAGUGUGAUCAGGCUUAUCUCCACCCCUCGCGUUAAGAUGGCAGCCCAGGUUUUCCACCCGUGUAGAAGACGGAUGCCGAUUGCCACCCUUUGCAGCUCUCCAGAGGCCGCCGGCCUCCUCGCCAUGCCCCAGAUGGCACCUGGCGUGGCACACCCCAGUGUGGCACCAGCUGUUGUCCACCACCAGGCCACUACCUGCUGCAUUCGUGACGUCCAGCUCCAGGCGCAAGCUUGGAGGGUUUUGGGUUUGUAUGUGUAUGCCACUCCCACAACACCUCUCCAUUUUCCAGAUACGAGGCACGUAUGUAUGUAUGUAUGUCUGGUAAGAGAGAAAGGGACUUUACUGGCUGAGAGAAGAGGAGCAGAUGACAACGCAGCAAGUAUUCUGAUGUGCUUGUGCUGUUUUUAUGCUUAUCUGAACAUACUCAGAAUUCCUAAUCAAAUGUUCAACUUUUUCAGAAUUGAAAUGUUGCCCACAAACAAAAUGCAGUAUUAACCAUAGCAAAUAUAUCUGAAUUAAACUGUAAUUAAAUUUGGAACAAUGUUUUCAAAAUUAGACAAUUAAUUUGGUCAUUUAGUAAAAUUCAUGAAUUUAGUGUCCAAUCCCAAAACUUAAUUGGUGAGGUUUUUAGUCUGUUGAGGCUCACAGAAGAUUGUGUAAGGACCAGUAUUGUUAUCCACCAUUUUACAUUUUGAUCUUGUCAAUUCCUCAUGAAGUAAGGUUGUAGUGGUUUGUCCAUUUGGUAAUUUGAGAUUAUUUUGGUGAAUACUUUAGACCCUUUGAACAGUAUUUAAAGAAUUUGGAAAUGUUAAUCUGCUGUAAAGAGUCUGUUGGUAAAUUGCCACAGAAUUCUGGCAGAACUUGAGUCUGUCCCCAUUAAUAGUUCACUUUUCACUCAGUGCCAUCUUUCAGGACCAACAAUGUAGUUGGCCACGUUGAGUCAGACUGUCGUAAAGCUCCCUCCACAGGUUCUAGAAGUGUAAAUAGUGUACAGAAUAUUUUGUUUUUCUUUUUGUAUUUUAAUUUGUCCUUUAUUUUUAGAGGGUAAGUGUAUGAAUGGAGCAGAAUGAUGUGACAAUCUGUGCUUUGAUGGGUCAGCCCUAAAGCAGCUCCUGUUGUGCUGGUGUAGACGGGUCAUCUCAGACCUCAUAUUACAUUUUUAGUAAUGAUGAGUAGAAACAACUGGAGCUGUUGGCGGUCUGAAGCGCCAAUCACAGAUUGUACUUGCUAGGGCUCCAUGCAGCCUUUAGAUGUCUCAUGUCAUGUGACCAGUCUCAGUGAUAAAACGAUAAAAGACUUUGACCCUGUCCUACAUGGAUACUGUUGACCAGAGAUCAACCAGCAGCACUCCUAGUGAAUAAUGCCACCGAUAGACUAACUUUUCUUUACAGGGAUUGUAAUAAAGUGAUGAUUAUUUUUCUCAAUAAACCAAAUCUUUUUCUUGUCCUUUUGAAAAGCUAGCUUUGUUUAGUAGCAUGUUUUCAAUCCCUUCACUCCACACUCUGCCUCUAUGCCACUGGGACAUUUCAGUCCAUGUCACACUGGUUAUUCAUCUAUACCUAAUCUUCCCCUUUUCCCUUCUCUAAGUUUUUCUCUUUUUUUUCUGUUGCCAUAUUUGCUUAUUUACAACAAAUUGUUGUUUUUUGUUGCUUCAUUAUUCACUCAAAUUUUAGAAGCAUAAUAUUUUUAAGUACAUGGUUCCCCUUACUGGCAAGAGAAAGAUUUGGUUUAAUGCUACCAAACAAGCACCUGCUGUUGCUUCCUUGUCUUGAUGCAUUUGAUAAUAAGAUGUGUUUGGUGGGUUUUUCCAUCUGGAUCCAUUCAUCUAUGUAGACUGCAAAUGGCACUGAUCUACAUAAAAUAUCACUCCUCGUUAAGUGAAUGUGCAUACCUGGCAAGGGUAUACCAUGUAUGUAAGAGGCUUAUGAACGAUUUCUGCCCCUACCCACUGGAGUCAGUUUUGUUAGUAAUGGAAAUUGGUGGUAGCACUGAUUUUUUUUUUUUUUUUUUUUUUCUGCUGUUCUGUUAGUAAGUCCUAUCCAUCAUUAAUGUAAAAAUUUGCAGGAGUAGUUCUGAUGUUAUAGCUUUUAUUUUUUUCAUUUUACAUUUAAAGAGUAAAUGCACAGCUAAGAACGUAGUACUCUGUGUUCUAGAUGUAUGGCUUCUACCCUACUCUGUCUGCUCUCUCUCCCACCCAUUUUCACUGAUCUUUUACUUAUUACAAGAUUGUUCUCUGUCUCUGCAGUUUUGCAUUUUCGGAGCAAAAGGAGGCUUCUGAAAUAAAAAGGGGAGAACGCAUCAAAGGAAAACUGGAGAAAGUUGUGGGCACUGGAAGACUUGCACCAACAGCUUAAGUCUCUAAGUCUCAUGUGAUCUUAAAUGCCUCUGCACAUGAAGAUUGUGUUUUGGUGAAUGUAAGCAGUGAGCCGUCUAUGUCCUGUUUGAUCUUGUUUCCAACUAAAACACUACAUUCUCUUAUCCAGUCCGUAACCAUGACUGCCAGUUAACAACAAGCUACUGUUGUGUACCUGUAGAUUCAAGACAUUGAAUUCAACUAAGAAAAUGCUGUUAGUUAUAUAUUUUCUCCCCAAUGUUUGUUUUUAUUUCAAUCAGACGAAGUGUUUACUGUUUGUUCAGAAGUCUCUGCAUCCAUUGUUUUUCCCUCACCCCAUCUGGUUGUGGUUUGCCAUUGUUAUUCCAUUUGCUAAUAUAGUAAGUAGCUCAAUUGAGAUGGCAAAUUAGAGGUUAAAUUCACUAUAUUUGAAGGAGUUCAUUUUUGUUUUGUUGUUUUUUUGUUUUGUUUAUUUGUUUGUUUUUCCUCUGCGUAAAACUCUCACUAUUUUGGUGGUGCAUAAUCGAUCUGGACAUACAGUACUCUACAGAUGUUAAAAGUUAGUACCUGCUUCCUUUAGUCUUGAUGAUCGUUAUCAACUACAUCCAGUUGUUCAGGCUCUUUAUUUUCUUUCGGCAGAAUGUUAUGAUAUAGCGUUUUAUUUCCUUGUUUGUUGCUGUCUGUAAUUGUGAUCUGUGACAUUAACUCCCUCAGUCCGCCUCCACUCCCCUUAGCUGACAUGCUCCCAACUCCUCUGGAACGUAACCACUAUCCCUGCCCUCUCUUUUACCUGUGUUAUUUUCCCCCUAAACGAAAGGCUUACAUUUGGUGCCCUUGUUUUUCCCUCUCAUGCCAUUAUAUCUACCACCACAGUGAAGUUAAUCCAUCUGCCAUUAACUAACUGCACUCAUUCUCCCUAAAGAUCAAAGUGAAGCUGCUUCCAACCCCUUGUGUCACUAACCUCCGUUCUUUUACGACGCCCUCCCCCCCACCCCACUUUCUCUGUUUAGUCGUGUUCUGUUAGUGGUUUUGUCCAAGCAUUUUAACCAGCAUGCCUAGUCAUGUGAAUGUUCUCCACCCUCCUAUCUUCUUUCUCCUGCUUUUUGUUACUUCCUCAUUCUUUCUGUCUUGAUGCUGUUUUGGGCCUGUGUGCAAUCAUCGUUCCUGUCCUCCUCUGCCCUCCCCCUUCUCUUUCCACUCUGUGGAGUAUGUGUUGAGUAGUCUUUGCUGAACUGUAUGUUGGUACUACUAGCACAUUCUCUCAGUAGUAAGUAUGGCAUUUGUGCUGCUUUGUUGCCCUGUUUCUCUUGCAGCUGACUCCCUGGAACUUCUGAGGAUGUUAUUUCCCGUCCGUGGGAAACAACUCCUUGAUCCUCCUCCUGAUUUUUUUCAUACUGUUGUUUUUUUUCUGUAAAUAUUAAUAUACUGUACAUAUGUACUUUCAUUCUUCAAACAAGAAAUAAAGGAAGUUUAGAAAAUA